AUGGAGCGCUUCUUCCGUGUUCCCUGUGGGUUGUACCAGGGGUACGGGAACACGCUGCCUUUGGCCCAGCCAGGACUCUUAGGGCACAAACAGCCCGACUGGAGGCAAAAUAUGGGUCCCCCCACUUUUCUGGCUAGGCCAGGGCUACUGGUGCCCGCGAACGCCUCUGACUACUACGUGGACCCUUACAAGAGGGCACAGCUUAAGGCAAUUCUCUCCCAGAUGAACCCCAGCCUGAGCCCACGGCUUGGCAAGGCCAACACCAAGGAGGUGGGCGUGCAGGUGAGCCCGCGGGUGGACAAGUCCGUGCAGUGCUCGCUGGGGCCUCGCACCCUGCGCAGUCGCUCCCCCUGGGACGGCACCGGCCACAGGGAGCCCCUGCGGGCCUGCGGAGUCUAUUCGCCCAUGAUCGGCUGCAGGGGCUUUGUCCGGCUGCGGGAAGAUGGGGACAGCAAGGCGCAUCAGGGCCCUGCAGAGGUCAGCCAGCAGCAGCUAGCGGCGCCAAAGUCAGGCGAUGCCCAGCAGGAGGAGCCGGGACAGCAGGAUGAGACCGGGGAGGACGGUACCCCGCGUCCUCAGGACAGGAAGAGCAGACAGGUACAUGGAGACCCAGAUGGCCGUCCGCUCCGGAAGCUCAACUUCCAGUUUUUGGAACCAAAGUAUGGCUAUUUUCACUGUAAAGAUUGUAAGACCAGGUGGGAGAGUGCUUUUGUGUGGUGUAUUUCUGGAACUAAUAAGGUUUAUUUCAAACAACUCUGUUGCAAAUGCCAGAAGAGUUUUAACCCUUAUCGAGUAGAAGCAAUCCAAUGUCAGACCUGUUCAAAGUCUCGUUGUUCCUGUCCUCAAAAGAAAAGACACAUUGAUCUCAGGAGGCCUCAUCGACAGGAACUGUGUGGUCGCUGCAAAGACAAGAGAUUCUCCUGUGGCAAUAUUCACAGCUUUAAAUACAUCAUGUGACAGGCAGCGUGGCUUGCACAGGACACCUGUGCUCUCCUUGUAACUGACUGUGCUGUCUUUCGUUUUUGUAACUUGGCUCUGACCUGGCAUUGGAAAAUGG